AUGGAAGCCACCACAAGUAACAUUACAGUGAAUGUAAGCGGCCGACGGUUUGAGAUGUCACCCAACACGUACAGUCUCCUGGUUAGAAAUCUUCCAUUGAAUCCCAUUACAACAGCAGCUUUGUUGUCAGAGGAUUUGUUUUUUGAGCGCCAUGCCGAUGCCUUUCAGAGCAUUCUUCACUACUACCAGACUGGGAAUCUCCACCUGCCCCUAUCAGUUUGCCCUAGCCUAUUUAAGUCUGAAUUAGACUUCUGGGGUGUCCAGGUAACAGAGAUGGACAAGUGCUGUUAUAAUGACUACGGUACCUUCGAAUUGGACCAGAAGUCUCUGGAAAGAUACGAGAGGUACACGGAGAAGAAGACUGUAAUCAAGCAUGACACUCGAGCCGGAAAGCUCCAAGCGAAGUUAUGGGCCACUCUUAACUAUCCAUUUGCCUCCACCUUAGCACAGGUUUACUACUGGUUGUCAAUGUGCCUCGUGUUUCUCAGCAUCGCCAUCCUCUGUGCCGGCACUCAUCCUCACGUUAUGGAAGACAGCAAAUGGGAUAGCCUGCCGCAUUGGUUACAGGGAUACCUGAUACGUCACUACGGAUCGGACGUGUACAACUCCACAACGCGACUUCUGAACCCGCACCAUGCUAAGUUCUCCCAAUUAUUCGUCGUGGAGACGGUGUGCAAUGCCGUGGUGACGCUAGAAGUCAUCCUUAAGCUCGCCACAUGUCCAUCUUUAAAGGAUUUUUUCUUGCCUGUCAUCAACGUGAUUGACCUGGCUUCUGUACUUCCCCUUUAUCUCUGGUUCUGUUUGGACGCCGCUGCCCCUUACGGCAAAUAUAUCCUAUGGGCGGAGAAACUUUUGGAGUUAGCCGCCAUAUUGAGAGUAUGUCGGAUAUUUCAUUUGGCUCGUCGAAUACAGGGACUUCGGGUGAUAAUAUUUGCUCUGUUUUCUAGUGCUUAUGACUUUUUUCUCCUGAUGCUUAUGUUAUGCAUAGCAACCGUUGUUUAUUCAUCAAUAAUGUAUUACAUAGACACUUUUCCAAGUAUUCCUCACGGCUUCUGGUGGGCCAUCAUCACCAUGACAACCGUUGGUUAUGGUGACAUGGUGCCAGAGACCGGAUUCGGAAAGGUGGUCGGCUGCCUUUGUGCCAUGACUGGUGUUCUUAUUAUCGCUCUGACUGUACCGAUUUUCGUCAACCGCUUCCUGCUUUAUUAUACUUAUGUAGGGAAACCAAGGAGCAACAAUCUUGUAGUGGAUAGCCAGGCAUAA